CCUCUACACACAAUUUUUUCUAAGUUGUUCGAUUCUCUCCUCUUCCUUUACUUUUUCCAAAUAUAUAUAUAUAUAUAUAUAUAUACACAUUAAAUAAAUAAAUAAAAUACCAAUCUGCAAUAGCAAACCUCAGCACAAAAAAAAAAAAAUGGUGACCAAAAGGCCCAAAAUUGUGAUCAUCGGCGCCGGAAUGGCUGGCCUCACCGCCGCCACCAAGCUCUACUCAGCUUCCCACCUGUCGGAGCUUCCCUUCGACCUCUCCGUCGUCGACGGCGCCGCCAGAAUCGGCGGCCGGAUCAGCUCAUCGGAGUUCUACGGCGACCGGAUUGAACAGGGCGCCACGUGGAUCCACGGAAUCCACGGCAGCCCCGUCUACAAAAUCGCCGGCGACACCAAUUCUCUCAACUCCGAUCAGCCGUGGGAAUGCAUGGACGGAAUUCCGCCCCGCCCCGUCACCGCCGCCGAAGGCGGCCACCGCCUGAAUCCGCUGCUCGUCGAUCCGAUCUCCCGAUUUUUCAAAACCCUAAUGGACUUUGCUCAGGGGAAAAAAUUUUCCGGCGGCCCGGAUCCCGACGUCGAGGCCGCCCGUCGGGCGGCCUCUGAUAAUCCCCUGAGCCUCGGCACAUUUCUGCGCCGAGGGCUCGAGGAUUAUCGGAUUGGCCGGAAUAAUAUUACGAGAGUUGGGUGUUGGGCCGAGAAAUCCUUACAAGAAGGAAUCUUUGCGAUGCUCGAGAGCACGCAAAGAACAUUCACUUCCGCGCCCGAUUUAGAAAAUCUUGAUUAUUUUGCGGAAAAAGAGUACGUAAUGUUUCCUGGCGAAGAAAUUACUAUUGCCCGGGGCUACUCGGCCGUGAUCGAAGCCUUAGCCUCGACUCUACCGGCCGGGACAAUCCAAUUAGGCCUGCGAGUCAAAAAAAUCGAGUGGCGUCGGAUAAAUGACCUUAUUGGAGCCGAAGAAUUUUUUGGGUUGAGGCCCGUUAAGCUACAUUUUGAAGACGGGUCGAUUAUGAAGGCCGAUCAUGUGAUCGUGACGGUAUCUCUUGGGGUUUUGAAACACGGCAUCCGCGACGAUGUUAGUCUUUUUGACCCGCCGCUACCCGAGCGAAAAACUCAAGCAAUUUCGCGGCUCGGGUACGGCGUCGUCGACAAGGUGUUCCUCCGGAUUCGGGAUAAAAAUUUCCCCUUUUUACAAAUGGUAUUUCAUCCAUCGAAUUCUCGAUAUAGAGAUCCCAAAAUUCCUCAAUGGAUACGAAGGACAUCGUUUGUAUCCCCGAUUUAUAGGAAUUCGAGAACCCUAGUUUCCUGGUUCACCGGAAAAGAAGCAUUGGAGGUCGAAUCCCUGCCGGAAAAUGACAUCAUCGCCGGAUUCACUGCGACGGUGUCGAACCUCCUCCCCCAAUCGAGCACCUGCAGGUGCAGUAAUGGCGGCGACGGCGGAGGUCAGGAUCAAUUCAAUUUCGAAAUUGAUAGGGUUUUGAGGACACAAUGGGGAACGAAUCCUCUCUUCCUAGGAUCUUACAGCUACAUCGCCGUCGGAUCGACGACGCAGGACAUGGACACUUUGGCCGAGCCAUUGCCAUCGCCGGCCGGCGGAAUCAGUGAUUCCGACGAGACGCCGGCGCCGGCGCCGGCUCCAUGGAAGCUGCAAAUCCUCUUUGCAGGAGAAGCUACACACAGCAAGCAUUAUUCGACAACUCAUGGAGCUUAUUUCAGUGGCCUCAGAGAAGCCAACAGACUCCUCCAACACUACCAUUACGACAUUAUUGGCCCAUGAUUAUUUAAUUUUUUUUUUCUUUUUUUUAUCUGUUAGAUCUUUUAGUCAGUCAGGUCAUUUCAUAUAUAUAUAUAAUACAUAUUUGGUAUGGCUUUCUUCUUCAAUUUUUUGUUUUGAUUCCUUUUGUU